AUGGCGGCUACACUCGAACAGCCGCCCGUCGACUUGCUCGCGGGCGGCCCGGUGAUUGAUUCUGCCUCAAUCACUCCACCGCAGAGCGCCAACGGCAAAAAGGAGGCUCCCGAAAGCGUGCCUUCUGAGUUGUCCGACCUUGAGCUGGACUCCAAACCCAUCGCGGAAAAACUUGAAGAGAAACCGAUCAAGCAGGAAGAAGUGGAGGAGGAAGAAAUCGAACCCGACCACUAUUAUGGCGGCGGCAAGAUCCCUGUCUUUAAGCCUACUAUGGACCAAUUCCGUGAUUUCCAGUCAUUCGUCAAUCGGAUCGACAAAUAUGGAAUGCAAGCAGGAAUAGUCAAAGUCGUUCCUCCAAAAGAAUGGUCCGAGUCACUCCCUCAACUCGACGAGGCCGUCAAGAAAAUUCGCGUGAAGAACCCGAUCAUGCAGGAAUUCCACGGAUCCCACGGUACCUACACGCAGGCGAAUAUUGAACGACAACGCUCCUAUAAUCUGCCUCAGUGGAAGGGCUUGUGCGAUGAGAGCAGUCACCAGCCACCUGCCCGACGUGGAGAAAGACGGCGAAACCUAGAAAGAACGAACCGUGUUGCCUCCACACCGCGGCCCCCAGCCCCUCGACCGGCAGAAGGUCAGAAACGUCGUCCAGGCCGUCCUCCCAAAAAGACGAAAGUCAAGGAAGAGCCUCCUGCGGAAGAUGGGGACAAGUCGAAACCUGAAGGACCUCCGACACCUGUGUCGCCCGAGUCCAACCCCAUCGAGGCUAAGAGUGAGGUUCUGAGCGAGGGCGAGUCCCUGCCUGCCCCGAAGCCCAAAGGGCGACAAGCCAAGUCCGUCAAUGCCCGACGAAAGAACAACCGGGGCGAUACGGUGGACUACGUGGAUGAAGAAGUCUUCCAGGGGUUUGACUAUCGAAUCCAUGAUAACGAGGAUUACACCGCAGAACGAUGCGAAGAACUGGAGACGUCAUACUGGAAGUCGCUGAUGUACAACAAUCCGAUGUAUGGCGCUGAUAUGCCGGGCUCACUUUUUAACGACUCGACCACCUCUUGGAACGUUGCCAAGCUCCCGAACCUUCUCGACGUCCUCGGACAGAAAGUGCCUGGAGUCAAUACGGCCUAUCUCUACCUGGGAAUGUGGAAGGCAACGUUUGCCUGGCAUCUGGAAGACGUCGACCUUUACAGUAUCAACUACAUCCAUUUCGGCGCCCCCAAGCAGUGGUACAGCAUCUCGCAGGAGGAUGCGCCUCGCUUCGAACAAGCCAUGCGCAGUAUUUGGUCGAGUGAUGCGAAGAACUGCGACCAGUUCCUCCGCCACAAGACUUACCUGGUCUCUCCCAGUCUUCUCAAGUCGCAAUACGGAAUCACCGUCAACCGCUUGGUCCACUACGAAGGGGAGUUUGUCAUCACGUUCCCCUACGGCUAUCAUUCCGGCUACAACGUGGGGUACAACUGUGCGGAAUCCGUCAACUUCGCAACUGAAAAAUGGUUGGAUUACGGUCGUAUCGCCAAGAAAUGUCAUUGUGAAGACGACAGCGUCUGGAUCGAUGUGGACGAGAUCGAACGCAAAAUGCGCGGCGAGAGCACUCCUGAAUACUAUGGCGAAUAUGACAGCGAAUUCGAGGGAGCGUCGGAUUUGCUCACGCCCCCGCGUAGCGUGCCCGAGAAGACGCCCUCUAACCGUGGUCGAAAGCGGAAACACGGCGGCGACGGGCCGAGGACCAAACGACCCAAACUCCACCCAGACGGACCUCGGAAGAUCCCGUGUCUGUUGUGCCCUAACGAUCUGGACUAUGAGGAUUUGCUUCCGACCGAAAAUGGCAAAGGCAAUGCGCAUCGUCGGUGUGCAACCUUCAUCGAAGAGACGAGCAUUCUCCGCAAUGAGUCCGGGCAAGAGGUGGUGUGUGACAUUGAUAAGAUUCCCAAGGCUCGCCUGGAACUCAAAUGUCUGUUUUGCCGCGAGGUCCGCGGGGCUUGCUUCCAGUGCAAUUUUGGCAAAUGCACGCGCGCCUACCAUGCCACUUGCGCUCUUCUGGCCGGCGUUGCGAUCGAGCAUGGCUCUAUCGCGGUGAUUGCCGACGAUGGCAACACGUACUCCUUGCCCAGCGUUGACUUGAAGUGCAAGUUCCACCGUCAGAAGCGACCCGCUGGGAUCUCAGGCGAGUCGUUGGAUUCCGAUCGCCGCGUAAACCAAGGCGCCCGUCGUCUGGUGCAGGGCGACCUGAUCCAGUUCCAGACUGACAAGGAGAUUAACGGCGCCAUUGUCCUUCAGAAUCGCCCAGAGGAGCGAUCGCUGCUGCUCAAGGUCCUUCCCCGAGGGGAUGUAAUCGAACUGCCGUAUCGUUGGAUGCUGGUUGUUCGCAGGAGCAAUUUUGCGCCCCUCGCGCCAGGAAUCCAACCCCUCCCGGCCCACCUUGCGCGAAAGCCCGAACAGCGGAAGGAGUUGGAGACCGCUCUCCCAGUGGCAGGCAGUGCCUUCGGCGACAGCCACUCUCCCUAUCAGUGGGCCGCGUUUGAAACGGUGGAGGCUACUCGGAAUGCCCCACCGGUGACGGUCAGCCUCGACAAAGGCGAACAAUUGUGGUACUAUUUGGGCGCGCAGUCGACGGAGAGUAGGGCACAGUAUACACACAACCCUAGCGUCCCCGUCCACAACCCACGGGCCAAUUUCCUCGACAGCGUCAGAGCGGGUCUGGGAGUGUCGAAGAUCUCCCCCCACCAUCAUCGCCAUUGGCGCUACAAUAAUAGUGCUGCCACCGCCCCUGCCCCUCCUUACCAGCAAAAUCUUUACGCUCAAUCCCGACCGCUUUUAAAUCCACCCCUGAACGACGUCAACGCUCACCACCACCGCACCCACUUCCUUCACUCCGCCAGACCGCCCACCUCUUCUCCUUUGGUGCAGCCUCCGCUCGCCCCUCCCCCUCACCCUGCACCUGCCGCUUCCGCUGCCGGUGCUGCUGCUGCUGGAGCUCCUGCGAUGCCGUCGGCCUUUCCAGCAGCACCACCUCCCUCCACCAAUACCUUUGCCAAUGUUCGGGAACUCAUCGCCCGCCGGCGUCUCGCCCAGAUCACCGACCAUGCCAAUGUCUUCGCCGGGUAUACGAUCGUUAGUCCCGAGGUGGUGGUAGAGACCCUCUUGGGUCCCAUGGGCUCAAUUCCGCCUGCCAAUGGUCUGGAAAAAUUAGAGCUGGUUAUGGCCCAGCAGCGGGUGCAGCCACGAGCCGCCGACGGGACCUUGCUGCCGCCACAGACCCUCAACAUGCGGUCGGAGGAAGUGACCCGGUUGCUGCAGAUGCUGCGGUUCUCCCUGGUCAGCCAUCGUGAGCGGCUAGAUGUACUCCAGAAGAAGGAAUCGGAAGGCGUGAAGCAGGAGGUCGACCGGGGAAGCGUGGCGGCUGCCAAGAUGCCCGGCAAAUAUGCCUUUCUCGACCAGCAGCGGGCGCUUGCACCCAAUGUCUACCAGUCUCCGUACAACAUGCCCUCGGGCCUGUCGGAGUAUGCCAAGAAGACGUACGGGCUGGUUCCCUCCGACGACGAGCCGCCCAAGGAGUCCCUGGCGAACGACUUCUUCAAUAGCCUCUCCCAGGAGAUGCAGGAGAAGAUCUUGAAGACUUGCGGCAGCUUUGUGCAACGUGCCAUCGAUCGGUCGGCCAACCACAGCCGCCAAAGCUCGGCGUCCAACCUACGGCUGUCAUCGGCGCUUGCCCAGCAAACGGCAAAUCCGACCAUCGAUAUCACGACGGUCGAGGGCCCGCCAUUGUCUGGUCUUGACCUUCCGCUCCACGCCGACUCCCCCGUCUCCAAUUUUGGCCGGUCGCAUCUUCGGUUUCAUUCGCCGAACGAGUUCCCCAUGCACGGCCCUGACCCUCACCCGGACCAUCACGAUUUGUUUGGGGACCAGCAAGCCAACACCCGCUUCUGGCAGGAAGGGCCGUGGAUCGCCGGCGAUGGCAACACUCCCAAUGACGAGCAUCGGCCCUUCUUCGGUCCGCACGAACGGCUCAAGCACGACUAUGCUUCCUCGGAUAUAUCACUGGGUAAGGGGCCAGGGUCGUUGCAUUCGGUCGACAUGGCCGGCUUCGGGCCUGAUCCCUCCGAAGAUCUCGUUGCUGGACUGAGUCCCUAA